GCCACUAUAAAUUUCCUCUCGGCAACCGCCUUUCCUUUGUAAAUUUCGCUCCACCAAUCAAUCCUCUCCCCUCGACUAUGACGCGCGUUACAGCUAGCGUGUUGCUCACGCUCCUUGCCGCCCUUUCCGGAAUUGUCGUCGGAACCAGAGACAUAUCCGGUGACGUCCUCCGAUUACCCUCAGAAGCAUCUAGGUUCUUCCGUCCUGGUGCGGUCAACGGCGACGAUGAUACUGUGGGGACGAGAUGGGCGGUCCUGAUUGCAGGAUCAAACGGCUACUGGAAUUACAGGCACCAGGCUGAUGUUUGUCACGCUUACCAACUCUUGAGGAAAGGCGGUUUGAAAGAGGAAAAUAUUAUUGUUUUCAUGUACGAUGAUAUAGCUUCCAAUGAAGAAAACCCUAGGCCUGGAGUGAUCAUCAACAGUCCGCACGGUGAUGAUGUUUACAACGGAGUUCCAAAGGAUUAUGUUGGGGAAGAUGUUACUGUUGGAAACUUCUUUGCUGCUAUCCUUGGAAACAAAACUGCUCUAACAGGGGGCAGCGGAAAGGUUGUGGAUAGUGGUCCAAACGAUCAUAUUUUUAUAUACUACACAGAUCAUGGAGGUCCUGGGGUGCUCGGGAUGCCAACCAGCCCAUAUCUUUAUGCAAACGAUUUGAUCGAUGUCUUAAAGAAGAAGUUUGCUUUGGGGACCUACAAAAGCUUGGUAUUUUAUCUUGAAGCCUGUGAAUCUGGAAGUAUCUUUGAGGGUCUUCUUCCUGAGGGUUUGAAUAUCUAUGCAACCACAGCAUCUAAUGCAGAAGAGAGCAGUUGGGGGACCUAUUGCCCUGGGGAGAAUCCUAGUCCUCCACCUGAAUACGAAACCUGUUUGGGUGACUUGUAUAGUGUUGCUUGGAUGGAGGACAGUGACAUACACAACCUGAGGACAGAAACUUUGCACCAGCAGUAUGAACUGGUUAAAAGGAGGACUGCUAGUGACAAUUCUGCCUUUGGCUCUCAUGUCAUGCAAUAUGGUGAUAUUGGGCUUAGCAAGGACAAUCUCUUCUUGUACUUGGGUACAAAUCCUGCAAACGAUAAUUACACUUUUAUUGACGAAAAUUCCUUGAGGCCAUCCUCAAAAGCUGUUAACCAGCGUGAUGCUGAUCUCGUGCACUUCUGGGAUAAGUACCGCAAGGCCCCUGAGGGUUCUUUGAGGAAGGUUGAAGCUCAGAAGCAGUUUGUUGAAGCAAUGUCUCAUAGAGUGCAUAUAGACCACAGCGUCAAACUCGUUGGGAAGCUCUUAUUUGGAAUUGAGAAAGGUCCAGAGGUCUUGAACACUGUUCGACAGGCAGGUCAACCUCUAGUGGAUGACUGGGACUGCCUGAAAUCGCUGGUCAGGACUUUCGAGACGCACUGUGGAUCCCUAUCCCAAUAUGGAAUGAAACAUAUGCGUUCUCUUGCAAACAUUUGCAACGCAGGAAUUCAGAAGGAGAAGAUGGCUGAAGCAUCUGAACAAGCUUGUGUCAGCAUUCCGUUGAAUCCUUGGAGUUCUCUCCACAAAGGGUUCAGUGCAUAAAUGGUGCAGAACUGUGCAAAUAUGAUAAAGCCAGUUCAUGGGUCUGAUAGUGUCAGUGUGUUAACAUAUACAGACUAUAACCUUAAUGUAUUUUGAUUGCUCUUGUGAUUGCUUGGUGUAAAUAUGACGUUUGGACCCCCUUUCUGCUGAACAGCAGUUGUUAUUCGAAAGUGCAUAUUUCAAA